AGCGUUAUGGCAGAUGUAAAUGGGGGCUUAGUAACUGUAAUUGUACUCUCAUAUCAGCUAUUUUUGUACAUCCGAUCCAUCAUUCCUUUUAAGAGAGAAGCCAUUUUCCUUGUCAUUCAUAAUUUUUUCCUGUACCAUAUUAUAAAUCGUUUCAAGCAUAUGGCUCAAACAUCCAUUAACAACUCGGGUCCGGUGAAUACCUUUUAUUAUGUUCCAUUGGUAUAUGAGGCACCUGCUGCGCUUCAGACUUAUGAGGAACUUCACGUAGUACUGACGUCCAAAAGCUGGACUUUCUUUGAAACUUUUAGACAUCACUUAGCUCUACUACUGCCCUUCAUUCUAGCUCUAAUUGUGCCGCGCUGUAAACUGGUCUACGUCAGCAGCCUGGUGAUUAUGUCUAACCUGGCGAUGUGCGUCUGCUUUGUGUACUCGAUGUGGCAAUGGUUGGUUCUAAGCCGGUUCUCGCUAAGUUUGCAACUGAUGGCAAUCUUCUUUCUGGGUCCUGUGGUGCAGUUGCUGCUGAUGUUUCGAUUCGCGGCACGCAUGUUGCUCAACCUUUGGAUUGUAGUUUGAUGCAUGAAAUGGACUGUUUAAGGCGAGAACUGAGACUGGUCCUGUUGGAGAAAGAGGAGGAAAACUCGAAGCAUAGGCAAUGCAAAAGUUUGGCAUCAAAUCAAGCCAAUAAAACAACAAAACUGAGCAACUU